UAAUUUAUAACGAUGCGAUCUGCAGUUGGGGCCGGUCGUCACACGCAGCUCGCGGCCAGUUAGGGAAUGCGCACCGAUGUGGGUGCACGCGCUCUCGUCUCCGGAACUACGUUGAUUUCGUGUGUGUUUCGUAUUCUAUGACUAUACCGUGUACCUGUGACCAUGAGGUGUUUAGUGCUUGUUUGUAUUGCGGCGUGUGUGAGUACUGCUUCGGCGGCGGCGGCGUCUUGUCUCGCUGAAGACUUCUUCAAGAAACAUAAUAUAUCAGCUGAUGACAGUCAUGAGCCAGGUCUCAUUUGCGGCGGUCAAUGCUGUGGCCGAGGGAGAGAGGGUGCGUUACGUACCACUCUACGAAGAAACGCUGAAGAUACGAUAGCAGCCGCCACCAGACCUAUUGCUGAGCUAUUGUUGGCUACAAGACGGACAUUACAAGAACAUCUGACAGCGUUAUCACAGCAGUCUCAAAACAAAACAGCUGUGCUCUUCUCGCAACUGUACCGAAGUCACGCGACGAGAGCUCACGCACCUUUAGCUACAUUAUACGACGACAUUCGAACGUUGCUACGAUCGAAUCCAGAAAUCGAAGACACGGAUGGGGUGGAUUUGGGAUCGCCGCCUCCAAAAGAGAUGGCUCAGAGCACGAAGAAGUUCUUUCGAGAGGUAUUCCCGGUUGCGUAUCAAAAUGUGUUGAGAUUGGACGCAAAGCAAUUCACCCCAGAGUACGAAGCGUGCUUAAAAGACGCUUAUGAUGCCGUACAGCCAUUUGGCGAAGUGCCACAACAGUUGGGAUCGUCUUUGUCAAAAUCGCUCGAAGCGGCACGAGCGUUGCUGCAAGUCCUCGCAGUUGGAGCUGGUGCCUUAACAGCCAGCGAACAAGUCGUCAACUCGAAUGAGGAGUGCUCCAACAAGCUCCUUCGGUUAGCUGGUUGCUCACGUUGCAAGGGAUUCGAAGUCAGCCCAUGUAGAAACUAUUGCCUCAAUGUUGCGAGAGGCUGCAUCGGCUCCAUGGUAUCCGAACUGGAUGCUCCAUGGGCUGGCUACGUGGAAGGUGUGGAGAGACUGGCCCGCGCUGACGCUGACGCUGCCCUUCGAGCGCUGGAUGCCAGGGUCUCCGAGGCGAUCAUGCACGCGCUUGAAAACCAUGUGAUUUUGGAGAAAAAGGUGCGCCAAGAAUGUGGUCCGCCAUCUACACUAGACACACCCAGCACCACCUCGCCCCAGCCCACAUCUACCGCGAGCAGGCGAGACGCUCUCCGCGCUCCCCCACCGGACACUGAGCUGCUGCAGUUCGCUGCAACCCUCGCGGCUAGCAAGAAACUCUUCGCGGGCCUGGCUGAUGGACUCUGCGAUGAUACUGAUUUUGCCGCUGAUAGUAAUGAACACUGCUGGAAUGGGGAAAGCAUUGGAGACUAUACCAAGGCACUGGUCGCAUCAGCUUCUAUAAGUGAUCAAAAAUACAAUCCAGAAGUUUCUACUGAGAUGAAUCAAAACUCCAAGAUUGCAGUACUUGGAGACAGAUUACGUCAAGCAAGACAGUUACUCGUAAAACAUUCAUGGAGUGCUCCAGCGGCUGAGGCUUUCAUGCAAGGUGACGAAGCGGGAGACGAGGGCUCAGGCUCGGGCCGCCUCUACACUGAUGAUGACGCUUCCUACGAUACUGAGGGCUCUGGUGAAGAGGGCUCGGGAUCUCAUGAUAUUGCCGAAGGAACGGUCAGCGGCGAAGAAAAGACAUACUCAGCGCCGCCAAAAAUUAACAGCGGCGCCUCAACGAUGAUGUCCUUCGGCCUCACAACCGUUGUACUGUUGUCAAGCAUCAGUCGCCUCUAAACUAAGUCAGCUCGAGGGAGCCCAGUGAACUUUGGAUCAUAUCAUAUGUAAUAUGGAUUUGUGCAAUGGUAAAACUGUGACGUUUUGUGAGAAACUAUUUACGAUUCUCGUGUACUGAUUAAGAUAAAGCGAUUACAUACACAUUUUUGGUAAACAGAAACGCCAAUUUUUCCACGAUAUUCAAUAGCAAUAUUCACAUUUUCCACAUGGAAUUAUACUUAAGGCUAAAUAUACAGUAAAAGUGUUAGCAAAAUUAAAUGUUAGUGACUUUUUAAAUUCGUACAAAGUAAAUGCUACUAGAGGGUAGUCUGAAAUAAUAAAUCCAAAU